AUGGCGGCUUGCAGGCGGGUGUCCUUGCAGUCGCUGCUUUUCAAAAACGUUUCUCCGUUUAGACAUAAAAACUGGGUCCACACGGAGGGCGCAGUGAAGGAGCCCGUGUACCCGCACAUCCUGCCGUCUCUCACGGCCAAAAGCAAGUCCGCCCUGUUGCGCAGGAUCGCGGGAAAAGGUACAAAAAAUUCACGCUGCGCCACAGAGGAGAAGAUCUCCCUCCUCACCCGAAAACAGCGCAUGAAGUUUGUGGUUCAGACUCAGCCGUUCGCACGCAACGCCGACAGGUGGUACCAGCACUUCACCAAGACCGCCUACAUCCCCGGCCUGCCGCAGAAAUUCACUGCGGGCACGGAGAAGAGUGGUGAGGAGGAGGAGCCGGCGGCCUCAGCGCCCAGCGGGCCGGGGAUCGGAGAUGAUGUGUUCGCGGACAUCCGGACGAUGGUUAUUGGUGCGCUUUUACAGGAGCAGUGGCACAUGACGAAACGCCGGCCCUUCGUGUACAGGAGCCAGGAGCACUUCGUGGCACCGUUUCUGAGGAAUCUGGUGAACGGAUUCACUCACAGUCUGGCUCGGUACAACCCGCUGCUGCCCCUGUGCAGUGUAGAUCUUGGAGUCAAAGUGAAUUUCUACUGGAGGAGAGGACAGAGGAUCAUCCCAAGGGGGCACCGGAAACGUCACCAAGAACCAUACAGGUUCCAGAUUGAUGACUGUCCUCACAGUCAGAUUAGGAUAAUCAGCAAACUACCGCAGUUUACCUCGCUGGAGUCAUCUUAUACAGCUGAAGUUCCACAGAUCACACAUGAGCCCAACUUGAUGCCUCUGUUCAGAAGACAGUAUGACAACAAUAUCUUCACAGGUACCAAGCUAGCAGACCCAGUAUGUUACGGUCACACUCAGUUUCAUCUUGUGCCCGAUUGCCACCACAGAGACACUAAAAUACGGAGGAAGGAGUCUGACCAAAUCGAGGUGUUCCUCAGGGCCAACGGCAUGGCCAGCCUGUUUGCCUGGACAGGAGCGCAGGCCAUGUACCAAGGUUUCUGGGACCGAGAAGAUGUCAACAGGCCUUUUGUGUCCCAGGCUGUUAUCACAGACGGCCAGUUCUUCUCCUUUUUCUGCUACCAGCUCAACACUGUGGCGCUCUCUGUCGAGAUGGAUGGCAGCAACCCCAGAAAAAACUUGCUGUGGGGCACCGAGAGCCUGCGGCUGUAUGAGAAAGUGCAGGAUGGAGAAGUGGUGGGUCUAAACGAUGAUGUCAUCAAGCUUCUAAUCCAGUUCCUCAUGAACCAGCCGUAGAUGUCCUCAGAUUUCUGUCAUCCAUCUUUAAAUACACCCCCCUCCCCCUCGGAGGAGCUUGCCUUCAGUAUGCGGUGUUGUCUCAUUCAACACUUUGCUCAGUGAAAGGAUCUUUUUGAACCUGAUCAUUAUUGUGCAGCUUGUAUUUAUGCAAAUAUAAAACCAAGAAUUCACACUGUU